AUGCAGGCUAUCAAGAGGACCUUUGCGCAGUGCAAAGAAGAAAACCGCCCUGCCUUCGUGACGUUUGUUACAGCUGGCUAUCCCACUGUUGAAGAAGCGGUAGAUAUCAUAUUGGGUUUGGAAGCGGGUGGUGCAGAUAUUAUUGAACUCGGUGUUCCUUUCACGGAUCCCUUCGCCGAUGGGCCUACGAUCCAAAGCGCAAACACGGUAGCGCUUGCGAAUAAUGUCACCAUCGAAGCAACCCUAGAAAUGGUGAAGGAAGCGCGGAACAGGGGUCUCAAAGCACCACUUUUAUUAAUGGGCUACUACAACCCACUACUGAGCUAUGGCGAGGAGCGGUUGUUGAAUGACUGUCGUGAGGCGGGUGUAAACGGCUUCAUUGUCGUGGAUCUUCCUCCGCACGAGGCGGUUAAAUUCAGAAAUUUCUGUGCGAAGGGCGGACUAUCAUAUGUACCGCUUAUUGCUCCUUCCACUACCGAGACCCGAUUAAAGCUAUUGUGCAAGCUCGCAGACUCGUUUGUCUACGUUGUAUCGCGUAUGGGUGUCACCGGUGCCACUGGUACUCUAAGUGCCGGUCUACCCGAACUGUUGGCGCGAAUCAAGCAAUACUCGGGCGACGUCCCAGCAGCAGUUGGCUUCGGUGUCAGCACCAGAGAACACUUCUUGAGUGUCGCCAGCAUCGCAGACGGCGUUGUUAUCGGCAGUCAAAUCAUCACAACCUUAUCUAGGGCCGCCCCAGGGGAGCGCGCCAAGGCUGCCGAACAGUACUGCACUAAGAUAUGUGGCAGAAGAAACUCGCCAAAGGAUCAAGAAACUCAAGAAUCCAGCAAUGGCGAGGCAAAUGGGGCUCACGAGCCAAACGGUGCCGUGCAGACUAAUGGCACCGUGCACACCAACGGAGCCCAUACCAACGGAGCCCAUACCAACGGAACCCAUACUAAUGGAGCCCAUACUAAUGGAUCUCAUACCAACGGUGCCGUGCCUGCUAAUGGAGUUGAGCAAACCAACGGUGCUGUACAUAACAAUGGGUCCGUCAAAGCCAAUGGCGUCGAUCACACAAACGGCAACCAUUCAAAAUUACCUGAUCAGAUAGUGGUAGAGAAGGGUGAGGGAGAAGACCCAGAACUGUUUCCUGCGCGCUUUGGCGAGUUCGGGGGUUCGUAUGCCCCUGAAUCACUCAUGAGAUGUCUUUCAGAGCUGGAGGAAGGUUUUGAGAAAGUUCGAAAUGACCCCGACUUCUGGGCAGAAUUCCGAUCCUAUUACCCCUAUCUUGGGCGACCUGGACAUCUUCAUGUCGCGGACCGCCUUACUGAACAUGUUGGCGGAGCCACGAUUUGGCUGAAGCGUGAGGAUUUGAAUCACACUGGAAGUCACAAGAUCAACAGCGCUUUGGCACAGAUCCUUCUGGCUCGUCGCUUGGGUAAGACUGAAAUCAUUGCUCAGACCGGUGCGGGUAUGCAUGGUGUAGCAACUGCCACUGUCUGUGCAAAGUUCAACAUGAAGUGCACGAUCUUCAUGGGAGCGGAGGAUGUUAGGAGACAGGCACUGAACGUUUUCAGGAUCAAACUGCUUGGUGCCGAGGUAGUGCCUGUUGAGGCAGGGUCGAAAACUCUCAGAGACGCCGUGAAUGAGAGUUUCCGUGUCUGGAUCACCAAGGUCGACACUGCGUUCCACAUCAUUGGUUCAGCAAUUGGUCCACACCCCUUCCCUACGAUCGUCCGCACUUUCCAGACCAUCAUUGGAGAAGAGACGAAGACACAAAUGCUAGAACAGCGGAACAAACUGCCGGAUGCUGUUGUUGCUUGCAUCGGUGGAGGCAGUAAUGCUCUAGGAAUGUUUUAUCCGUUUAUCGAGGAACCCAGUGUGAAGCUUCUGGGGGUUGAAGCCGGGGGUGACGGCCUUGACUCAAACAGGCAUGCUGCUACUCUAACCGGCGGCAGCAAGGGGGUCUUGCACGGAAGUAGGACAUAUGUCUUGCAGGAUCAGCACGGACAGAUUCAGGACACCCAUUCCAUCUCAGCUGGUCUGGACUAUGCUGGCGUUGGACCCGAGCUUAGCGCCUGGAAAGAUUCAGGACGCGCAAAGUUUGUUGCCGUCACCGAUGCUCAAGCUCUCGCUGGAUUCAAGGUACUCGGUGAGUUGGAGGGAAUCACACCCGCGCUAGAAAGUGCCCAUGCCGUCUGGGGCGCUAUGGAGCUGGCCAAAACAAUGAGGAAAGACCAAGAUGUUGUUAUCUGUCUGAGUGGAAGAGGUGACAAAGAUGUGGAAAGCGUGGCGGAGGAGCUGCCCAGACUUGGACCUCAGAUUGGGUGGGAUUUGAGGUUUUAA